AUGCCGUAUAAUAGAGUUGGAAACUUUCGUCAUGCAGACCCUCAAAAAGUUCGUGAGGUAUGGAAGAUACUCGACUCGAACAGAGGCCAAAGACAAUCUGUCCCCAUUGACAAAUUAGUGAGACCACUACGAAAGGUGUUGGAUAUGAAAGAGGAAAGCAUACGACUAUUAUUGACUGAAAUUGAAGGUGACGGCCUUAUUAUUAAAGGUAGCAAUUCUUCUGGAAAAGGUUGUGAUGUUUAUCGUCUUCCGGACUUUCAUCACCCCUGUCCACGUCAACAGCACGAUUGGUAUUGUUUCCGAUGUCACAAGCCAGGUGAACUCCUACAUUGUAGUGACUGUUUCCGUUCUUAUCACUCCGAAUGCGUAAAUGAUGAUCAACAUCCGAAUAAUCAUGCUCGAAAUCUUCGAUCCUCUGGUUCAAUAACUGACGAUGAUGAUGACUUUACCUGCCCCGUGUGUGAAUCCCGACCCAAAUGCGAGUUCUCUCGCAAGCAAAUUCGUAAACUCCUCGAGUUUGCUACUCAUAAUCUGCGAAAACAAUCUUCCUGGAAGAAUUUUAAUCAAAUUGGUUAUAAGGAUGACAUUAACAAAAACGAAUACAUUGUAUAUAAAUAUGUGGACAUGAAUUUACUUGAGCGCAAAAUCAAGGAUGGUCGUUAUACCGCUUUGGAAUUUUUCGCGAUGGAUGUUGAGCUUCUCGUUCAUGAUGUCUGUCUCCUUUCUGGUCCAUUCAGUACAGAUGCUGACGAGGCACGUUUUCUUCUCCGUUCUGUAAACAAUGAAAUUACUGAGAUUCAACUGUGUACUGACUGUUACAUUAAUGCCAAAGCCCGUGUUAGUGACUUCAUUACUAAACCCUGCAAACCUCCCCAUGAGCUUAUCUGUGCUUGUAAUCGAUCUGCAGCAGGAGCCGGUUUAUUUGACAAUGCCAACAUUAAACACUGUUAUUGGCCUGCCAAAAUUCGUUUUUUCGGUGGAACGCACGAGCGAGCUUAUGUGAAGAAGUCGAACACAGCUCAAUUCGUUUUGCCCGAAGAUGAUCAGGCAUUUCAUCGAAGGUCUCUUGCUGGUGCUCAUAAUGUUCCUUCUAGCAACAUUGAACGAGCCUGGAAUGAAGUGAGAAAGCUUCAGGCCAAUCUUGAAUCUGGUUAUUACUCACAUUCGUCUGGGGAAUCUGAUAUGCCCCCUUCUGAUGAAGAAUAUACAGAUGAAAUUUACCUCCGUCCAAGGCGACGCAACGCUGUAUCACUUAAUAAUAGUCCUCGUUCCUCUGCUACCGCUAAUUCUAUGAAAUUUAAGAAUAAUAAGGGGCGAGUACGAAAGAAUUCGAUUUCAAGUGAAGACAGUUUUCGAUCAUCUUCCCCUUCCUCAGUCUCCGAUGGAGUUCCAUCUGAUCACUCCAGCAGUCGUUCCAGUAGCGUCGUCACCAGCAGUACUCGUAUUCGUGCAGCCGCCUCAAAUCACCGAAGACGAAAAUCUGGAAGCGGCAAAACCUCCCUUCCUUCAAAAACCACCACUUCAAAACUCUCAUCCGCUGCAGCAAGACAACGUUUCUCCGCCGAAACAACUUCUCCUGUUGCAGCUGCCGCCCUCACCGCUUUGGCAGAGACUAAAGCCGCAGUAGCAGCUGCAUUUAAUAAAAAAAGUAACUAUGGUGGUGGUGAUGGUCUCUUAGACACUUCAACAACAAUCCAACAGCGUAGAGGUCGGGGUCGUCCCCCAGGUUCUGGAGCUAAAAAGCGCAAACCAAAAUCAUCUUCUCCUUCUCUCACUUCCCUUUCACACUCGGAUGCCUCUGAUCGUGAGAGGAAUGAAUUUAAGGCAGUUUCUAUCCGCAACAAUAGUUCCAUUCUCGGAAGAAGGAAUAGGUUGGAUGCUUUAUUAUCAUCUUCCAGUGACUCCCCUGAUGAUGAUGGUGAUGAUGUCAAGAUGCCUGGUUCUUUACGAGGAAGGAAAUCUGUUUUGCCUCGAGGCAAGCGAACUACUAAUGGUCAUUUGACGACUUUAAAAACUUCUCCUCAGAGUAAUAAUAACAAUUCAAGGUACUCAGCAGGCGGCAGCACUGGAAAGCGCCCACGUGGCAGGCCUCCAUCCUCCGGUACACGAGGAGGUGCUAGUCGAAAAGGAGGAGCACCUACUUCUCGUAAGAAGAUGAAAACCAGCCCCCCUCCUUCGGAUUCCGAUUCUGAGUUGACUGAUCGCUGCUCGACUACUUUUCCCUCGAGGCGAGAUCAGACAACUACAUCCCCGGUGGUUGUACAACCCGUUAAACCUAAACAACACCCCAAAAUGUCUUCAAGUGCUGCUAGUUCUUCCUCUGAGUCUGGGAAUUCGUCUGAUGAGGGUUCAGGGGAUAAUAACAGACGCCAUCCUCUUCUGCGAAGACCUGCGUUUGCUCCUCCCUUAUCCUCUGCACAACCUACCGGAUUGACAUCAGGUCCUAGUGGUGGUGGCACUAGUCAAGCAGCGAAUUCUGCCACCGUAAUGGUAAAUACAUUUGGUGCUAGUGGAAUGUCGGCUAGUUCGUCUCUUACCCAACAGCAGCUGAAUAAGUCAGGAUUCACAGCUCUUGAAAUGGCAGGACGUUCUAGUGGAGGACUGGGCUCGGUUCCCAGGUCACAUCUCCCCCCGAAUAAGAGGCUUGCGGCAGCAGCUGCAGCGGAUUUAAAGUUGGAUGCUACCCCGCCUACACCCUCUGCAGCUAUGUUAUCGUCUGCUGCAAUGAUGCCUGCCAUCCAUCAUCCCAGUGGCUUUUCACCUAGAAGGCUGGCAAAUAAACAAGUUCAGACAACUGGCAGCGAUGAAGAAGUCAAACAGCAUGGUUGUGGACGUUGCAAAGAGAAUAUGGAGGCGAUUCGACGACAGGCUAUAAUAGAACAACAGCGUCUCAUCGCCGAACUGGAGGCUCGCCUGUCCGCCGAUCAUGCAGCUGCCCUCUCCACGGUCGUGGAACGCGAACGUCAGGCUGCCCGUGAACAGUUGGAAGCAGCCGAAGCGCGUUUUAAUGACACCCUCGUACAGACUAAGCGUCGCCAAUGGUGUCGUAAUUGUCUCAAGGAGGCUAUCUAUCAUUGCUGUUGGAACACGUCCUAUUGCUCUAUCAAUUGUCAACAAACUCACUGGCACAAGGAGCAUAAACGCCAGUGCCGCCGCAAACGCUAA